AUGAGAAUUUAAUUAAUUAAGGAAAAUCAAAUUAUUAAUCAUCUGGUUUAAUUAGAAUUUAUGAGAGAUUUUAAAUUAAUAACUAAGAUAUUAUAAUUAUGGAAGCAGGAGAAAUAGAUUUAUAUGAUUAUAUAAAAUAAUAAUAAUAGAAUUUAUCAUUUGAUUAGAAAUUAAAGAUUUUAAUUUAAGUAUAAUAAUAAUAACAAAUAUUAAUAGAUAACUUAAUCAAUAUAAUAUUUACAUUAAAAUAAUUUAAUUCAUAGAGAUAUUAAACCUGAAAACUUUAUUAAAGUUGCAGAUUAAUUUAAACUUAUUGAUUUUGGAUUAAUUAGACAAAAUUAAGGUAGGAUAAAGACAAUGGGAAUUGGUACACCUUUGUUUUAAGCUCCUGAAAUUGUAGAAAAUAGUUAAAAUUACACAAAAGCAGUAGACAUUUGGUCACUAGGUUGUGUAUUUUAUGAAAUUUUGACUUAAGUAUCUUUAUUUUAAGGUAUAUAACUUUUGUAAAUAUAGGGAAAACUCAUUAAGAAUUAAUAAAUAUGAUUAAAAAUUGUAAAAUUGAUAAGAAAUAUCUAUUAGAAAGAUUAGACUAAUUACCAAAAACAGGUAAAAAUGAUGAUGAAUUAAAGACCUUGUUAAUAUAAAUGUUAGAACCUUUUGA